CCGGAUCGCCAUCGCCAGUCGCUCCGUAACACUCAAAUUGGAUUGUACUAACUUUCGGAGCACCAUGAAAUCCCUACUGAUUCUUGCUGUAUUUGUGGUAGCCUCCAGUGCUACCUCCCUGGAGAAUAACGACCCCAUUUCCCAGGAGUCCAAUGUGGAGUACAAUGGCAAAUACCAUUACCACUACGAACUGCGUGAUGGCUCUAAGGCCACGCAAGAUGGUGUCUUAAAGUCCGUGAAUUCUAAGCAGAACGGUGAAGCUGUCCAUGGCAAGUACUCCUUUGUGGGCGACGAUGGCCAGACGUACGUAGUUUCCUACACCGCCGACGAGAACGGCUACCGGGCGGUGGGCGACCAUCUGCCCACGCCUCCACCCACUCCCGAGUCAGUGCUGAAAGCUCUGGAAUACAUCCGGACCCAUCCCUACACCGCUCCGGAGAAGAAGCACUAAGCCCCAGACGAGAACAAAGCCCAAAUGUGAUUGGAACCAAAAGAACUGAAAAGCGACAUUAAAAAACAUAUUCAAAAAUACGCAAAAAUCGAAUUGAUGUCUUGGAUAACCGGAAACAGAGCGGCUACUUGGGCCAAUGUGUGCCAAAGAUUUUGUGUUACUUAGCAGUUUUUACUUGGCCAGUUUGGCGGUCCAUCUCGCUAAACAGCUACCAAUUGAAAGCUAAAUCGUUAAACAAGCAAUUGAAGCAGAGUGGCAAAAAUCGUCAAGGUCGUAGCCGAAUAGUAGAACUCCGAAAUGGAAUGAGCAUAGAUCAAUAGGAAUUAUGUAAUAGGGCCAGGCAUUGGGGAGCAGAAACUGAAAGUGUGAUUGAUUUUUGUUUUCCUUUAUCGAACUAAUUUACAUUAGUAUGUUAAUUUCGAAGCUUCUACUUAAGACGAG